AUGGCAAUUUACUUCACUCGGCGUUUGUUAAACUGGACGAUACGCUCAUUGCUGGUGUAUAUGCAGCUCCAGGAGUUACUGAUGACUGCAUUCGUCACUUCUUAUCCAGGAUCUGCACUGAAUCUGGACGAAUACUUGUCAUGGGGGACUUCAAUCGUAAUGUUAGCGGCAAUUACAACGGCGCCUUUAAGGAAAUGGUACAGCACUUCGGCUUAA